CAUCAGCCACUCAGAGAGGUUUCCUGCAAGCCAGGACAGCUGUCCCAGCCGCUGUCAGCGAAGUUCCCUGCUGUUGUGGCCCAGGGUCCCGUGCGUGGAAGGCUCUGCGUACCCCUUCUCCCUCCCCCCAGAAGGAAGCUCCCUUUGAAGUCCCCCACGAUGGAUUUGCACCCAGGGGCUGCCCUUGGACAAUGGGCUCCCCUGCUCCUCGCUUUCUUCUUGGCUUCCUCCAGAGGUCAGGUGGCAGCCCUGAAGCUCACCACUCCUUACUCGCUCUAUGUCUGUCCUGAAGGGCAGAAUGUGACCCUGACCUGCAAGGUCUCGGGCCCACUCAUAGACCGACAUGACUUACUCUAUAAGACGUGGUAUAUGGGCCACCAAGAGAACCAAAGCUGCUCAGAGAAAAGGUCCAUCCGCAACAUGACAGACAGAGAGCUGCACCCACACCAUGGCGGGCAUCACCCUGCCAACAGCAGCCAGGCUGGGCACAAGGAGUCCACUCUGCACCACGGAAUAGAGCUGACCUCAGACCACCACGGGAAUUUCUCCAUCACCCUGCUCCACCUGACCUUGCAAGACAGCGGCGUCUACUGCUGUCUGGUGGCAGAAUUUAAGCACCGUCACUCCGAGCAGACUGUCCAUAGUCUGGUGGAGCUCCAGGUGCAAAAAGGUCAAACUCCACUCUCCAAAUGCAUAUUACACCCAGCCGUUGCCCGGGAAAAUGAAAAUAUCACAGUGGCGGCUUUGGCCACUGGAGUCUGCAUUGUGGGCAUCCUCUGUCUACCCCUGAUCCUCCUCUUGGUCUACAAACAGCAGCAGGCAGCCUCCAACAGGCGUGCCCAUGAGCUGGUGAGGAUGGAGAGCAAUGCGCAGGGUAUUGAGAACCCCGUUUUUGAAGCUGUUCCUCAUGGGAUGCCCGAAUCGAAGCCCAAGCCUCCUCUGUCCUACGUGGCUCAGAGACAGACUUCUGAGUCAGGCCGGCACCUUCUCUCGGAACCCAAUACUCCUCUCUCCCCUCCUGGCCUUGGAGAAGUCUUCUUUCCAUCACUAGAUCCUGUCCCCGACUCUCCUGAUACAGAAGCAAUCUAGAACCGCUUAGCAUGGAGGGGGAUGAUAAUAGCAUUGCUGAGGAAGAGAGGCUGGGCCUGGACCCUACGGACAAAUUCCCCCUUGGACUCAUUUUCUAUAGUUCUUUGGUGCUUUCUUGGCCUUCUCCCUCCCCUGCAGGGCCCAAGGACACUGAUAAUGCCUCAGGACCCAACAUAGGGGGAAGAAAAAUGCCUUAUUGAUCACCUGCCUUUGGCUUCUGGUGGUCAGAGAUACCAUGGGACCUCCUCCUCAGAGAGGCUAAUUAUACAUCAGCUAUACUCAACAUCCUGGGACGAAAUGCUUGGAUCUGAAAAUCCUCCCCCUAAUUCUGAGCUUUCCCUGUCAUUGUGCCUGGGCCAGGAUAUGAUGAAUUCUCCCCUUCUCCCUGUACUCAUUCCUGAUCCCUGGAGAGGGGUAAGCGGAUCAGAAUUCCCCUGUAGGAUACCAGGGGAAUGUUGAAUUUGGUCUCUAGGGAAAGACCCCCAGCAGCUGAUUCUGACUAUACAGUCUGGGACCCCAAAACUCAUGCUGAGGUGUGUGUAUGUGUGGGAGUGCCUUCCUUAACAGUGCCUGAGACCUUGGGAGAGGAGGGAGUGAGGUGGGGAAUAAGCCCAUCCAGCCAAUGUCCAUAUUCCAGCAGAUAUGAAUAAAUUAAGCCCCAGGUGAUGGAAGAUCACAAAAAAAGAAGGCUUCAGACUGGGGGAUUCCUUUUCCCUUAGCUCUGGCCCCCCCUGGGUCAUGCUGGCCAUAACCCCUCUUACCCCUUCCUCCCCCCCCACAAGAAGUAUCUUCUGAAGGUACCAUGUCCCUGUGAGCAACCUGGCAUCUUGGACAAUUGGGGGCAGAGCUCUUGGGUCGAAAUCUCCUUUCCUGGCACCUGGUGGGGAGUGAUGGGGUAAGGGGCAGGCACUGUCACAGGGGUGAGUGAAGAGAAGGAAUUCAACAACCGCUGUCCGGGGAGGCGCUCUUAGCAUUCUGCUACCUGUUCCCCUGUGCUGCUUCCUAUGCAUGGAUUUGUACCUGAAUUUGUAUUUGUAUGUAAAUAUGUGUGUAUUUGUACAUAGAUACAGAAGUGAAAUUAAGGCCCUUUUUUGAAUUUUCAAUUAAAGGAUUUUUAAA